AUGUCUGAAUUUAGAGAUUGGUAUAACAGUGUACCGUUUUUCACACGUUAUUGGUUAACAUGUACAAUAGUUUUGAGCCUAAUCGGUCGGUUUGGCUUGAUCAACUACUACAAUUUAGUGUUGGACUUUUAUCCCUUCAUUAAUCAGUUCCAAAUAUGGAGACCAGUAACGGCAUUAUUCUUCUAUCCCAUUGGCCCCGGCACAGGCUUCCACUUUCUCAUCAACUGCUACUUCUUGUACAACUACUCUCAGCGGCUGGAGACGGGCAUGUUUGCUGGUAAACCAGCUGAUUACUUCUACAUGCUGCUGUUCAACUGGGCUUGCUGUGUGAUCAUUGGUUUGCUGGUUAAUUUACCGCUUCUGAUGGACCCCAUGGUGCUCUCUGUGCUCUAUGUAUGGUGUCAGCUAAAUAAGGAUGUGAUUGUUUCCUUCUGGUUCGGAACACGCUUCAAGGCCAUGUACCUGCCAUGGGUUCUGUUGGCUUUCAACAUGAUCCUCAGUGGAGGUGGCGUGAUGGAACUUCUAGGCAUCCUGAUUGGACACUUAUCAUUCUUCCUCCAAUUCAAGUACCCUCAAGAGUUUGGUGGUCCCGCUCUAUUAAAUCCCCCUGCGUUCUUGAAGCAGAUAUUCCCGGACACCAGAUACGUAGGUGGUUUCGGCACUGCGCCUCAAGCGAGGGCACCCACUAGAGCCGGGGGUGGGGGUGGGGGCACAGUAUUCGGGGGGCACAACUGGGGGCGCGGACACACGCUAGGAGGCAACUGA